AUGUCUGAACAGCAGUCUAAAUUCGAUGUCAUGUUUGCGGAAGGCCGGAAGCGCUAUGAGCAGAAAACCGGGCAGCAGCUCGAUGUCGCGCUCUUUGCGCAAUGGACGAAGGUGACUGACUUGCGCGCGUACAUCGAUCAGGAGAACAAAAAGUUCGCAAAUUUUAGAGAGCAAGACAAGAAAAUCUACGAACAGUUGACUAAAACGUUCACCCCAGUGGAAAAGCUCGGCACCAUCUUUGCCGCAGGCACUUCCGCUGGCUGCCCGCCUGCGGGAGCUUGCCUGGGUGCAGCUACACUACUGAUAAAAUCAGCGCAGAAUGUGUCUUCUCACUAUGGCCGCAUUUUCGAUCUCUUCGAGACGCUCUCAUUAAGCUACCACCACCACAUGCAGGCUAGUUCUUAUCAUUCUUAG